AUGGCCCUGCCCGACGAGGACGCGGGGGUCCCGGAGAAACAGCUCCUCCACCGGGCCGGGUCCAGUAGUAGCGCGGUCCCCGCGGUGGCGGGACGCGGGACGCAUUUGGGGAUCCAGCGCCCCGGGAAACUUUCCAGGGGGUUGUGCGCGGGCUCCUUGUCCCUGCUGCUGCUGCUGCUGGCGCUGUUGGUGCGGCUGGUUCGUGGGGAGCUCGGCUGGGACCCGGAGAAGAGUCGGGCUCCGUUGGGGGAGCAAGAGGAGGAGGAGGAAGAGGACGCGGGCCUGGGCGCCCAAGGGGGCGUCUUCGCGGGGCCUCGGGGAGGCGCUCCCGGGGGCGGCGCGCAGCUCAGCCCUUGGCUGCAGCCCUGGGCGCUGCUCUUCAGUGUGCUGUGCGCCUUCUUCUGGAUGGGCUGGUGCCUCCUGCGCGCCGGGGUGCGCCUGCCGCUGGCCGUGGCGCUGCUGGCCGCCUGCUGCGGGGGGGAAGCGCUCGUGCAGACGGGGCUGGGCGUCGGGGACGAUCGCUGGCUCUCGCUGCCCGCCUCCGGGGUGGUGCUCAGCUGCCUGGCCGCGGCGACAUGGCUGGUGCUGAGGCUAAAGUUGGGGGUCCUCAUGAUCGCCUUGACUAGCGCGGUCAGGACCGUGGCCCUCCUUUCCUUGGAGACAGUCAAGGUCGCUUGGAGACCUUACCUGGCGUACUUGGCCGGCGCGCUCGGACUCCUCCUGGCCAGGUACUUGGAGCAAAGCUUGCCGCAGUCCGCGGGGGCGGCCCCGAGGGAGUUUUCGGGGUCCCAGCGGAGAACCGGGGCUAAGGGAGAGAUCCCGGUGCUGAAGAAGAGGAGAAGGUCCAGCUCCGUGGUGUCCGCCGAGAUGUCCGGCUGCAGCACCAAGUCCCACCGGAGGACGUCCCUGCCCUGCAUACCCCGGGAACAGCUCAUGGGGCAUUCAGAUUGGGACCACAAACGAGGGCCAAGAGGAUCACAGUCUUCAGGAACCAGCAUCACUGUGGACAUUGCUGUGAUGGGUGAGGCCCAUGGGCUCAUCACUGACCUUCUGGCUGAUCCUUCCCUGCCCCCCAAUGUGUGCACAUCCUUGAGGACAGUGAGCAACCUACUCAGCACCCAGCUCACCUUCACUGCCCUUCACAAGACCAGAGUAAACCCUGUUGUUUCCUUCAAUGAAAAUUAUACCUUUUCUGAUUCAGAAGAAAGCUCUGAAAAAGACAAGCUGGCUAUUUCCAAGCGCCUGAGAAGGACUUUGCCCCCGGGAUUACUGAGGAGAGUUUCUUCGACUUGGACAACCACCACAUCUGCCACAGGUCUUCCCACUUUGGAGCCUGCCCCAGUGCGGAGGGAUCGCAGUGCCAGCAUCAAACUGCAUGAGGCACCUUCUUCCAGUGCUCUUAGUUCAGAUUCUUGGAAUAACCCAGUGAUGAAUACCCUCACCAAAAGCAGAUCCUUCACUUCAUCCUAUGCCCUUUCGGCAGCUAACCAUGUAAAGGCUAAGAAGCAAAAUCGACCAGGUGCCCUAGCAAAAAUUUCUCCUCUUUCCUCCCCCUGCUCCUCACUCCAAGGAACACCAGCCAGCAGUCCGGUCAGCAAAAUUUCUGCUGUGCAGUUUCCAGAAUCUGCAGACACAACUGCCAAGCCAGGCCUGGGCUCCCAUAGGGCCUUGACUUACACUCAGAGUGCCCCCAACCUGUCUCCUCCGCUCCUGACUCCACCUGUGUUAUGUAGCAGCUGUGGCAGACCCUACUCCCAAGAGAGUCCAUCAGAGGGGUCCCUGGAGAGAAACCCUGCAGCCAUCCAGGCACCAAGCAGAACAGAUGAUACUGGUCAAGUUACCUCUGACUAUGAAACCAACAAUAACAGUGAUAGCAGUGAUAUUAUACAGAAUGAAGAUGAGGCUGAGUGUCCACGAGAUGCCCUGAGGAAAGCAUCUGCAUGCAGUUCCUACACUCCUGAGACCAUGAUUUUCCUGGAAAAACCAAUUCUUGCUCCUGAACCUCUUGUCAUGGAUAAUUUGGACUCCAUUAUGGAACAACUAAACACUUGGAAUUUCCCCAUUUUUGAUUUGGUAGAAAAAAUAGGAAGAAAAUGUGGCCGUAUUCUUAGUCAGGUAUCAUACAGACUUUUUGAAGACAUGGGCCUUUUUGAAGCUUUUAAAAUUCCAAUUCGGGAGUUUAUGAAUUAUUUUCAUGCUUUGGAGAUUGGAUAUAGGGAAAUCCCUUAUCAUAACAGAAUCCAUGCCACUGACGUCUUACAUGCUGUUUGGUAUCUUACUACACAACCUAUUCCAGGCCUCUCUACUGUGAUUAAUGAUCAUGGGUCAGCAAGUGAUUCAGAUUCUGACAGCGGAUUUACACAUGGACAUAUGGGAUAUGUAUUUUCCAAAAUGUAUAAUACGCCAGAUGACAAAUAUGGGUGUUUAUCGGGAAAUAUUCCUGCCUUAGAGCUUAUGGCCCUGUAUGUGGCUGCAGCUAUGCACGACUAUGAUCACCCAGGAAGAACCAAUGCUUUCCUGGUAGCAACUAGUGCACCUCAGGCUGUGCUCUAUAAUGAUCGUUCUGUUUUGGAAAAUCAUCAUGCAGCUGCUGCAUGGAAUCUUUUUAUGUCCAGGCCAGAAUAUAACUUCUUAGUUAACCUUGAUCAUGUGGAAUUUAAACAUUUCCGGUUCCUUGUCAUAGAAGCAAUUUUGGCCACAGACCUGAAGAAACACUUUGACUUUGUAGCUAAAUUUAAUGCCAAGGUGAAUGAUGAUGUUGGCAUAGACUGGGCCAAUGAAAACGAUCGCCUACUGGUGUGUCAAAUGUGUAUAAAGUUGGCAGAUAUCAAUGGACCAGCAAAAUGUAAAGAGCUCCACCUUCAGUGGACAGAGGGUAUUGUCAAUGAAUUUUAUGAACAGGGUGAUGAAGAGGCCAGCCUGGGGUUGCCCAUUAGCCCUUUUAUGGACCGCUCUGCUCCACAAUUGGCCAACCUUCAGGAAUCCUUCAUCUCUCACAUUGUGGGGCCUCUCUGCAACUCCUAUGACUCAGCAGGACUAAUGCCUGGGAAAUGGGGGGAAGGCAGUGAUGAGUCAGGGGAUACAGAUGACCCUGAGGAAGAGGAGGAGGAGGAGGAAGCAACAGUCCCCAGUGAAGAGGAAACCUGUGAAAAUAAUGACGCUCCAAGAAAGAAAACUUUCAAAAGGAGAAAAAUCUACUGCCAGAUAACUCAGCACCUCUUGCAGAACCACAAGAUGUGGAAGAAAAUCAUGGAAGAAGAGCAACGGAUGGCAGGCCCUGAAAACCAAGCUCUGGACCUGGCCCCUCAGCAGCAUCCUUCAGAGCAGAUCCAGGCCAUCAGGGAAGAGGAAGAAGAGAAAGGGAAGCCUCAAGAAGAGAGCCCAGCUCCAGAGCCUAAUCCCUGAGAUGGAUAGAAAAGGCUGUAUCAGGAGUGGCUCUCCACAGACGCUUUUGAAGCCAGCACAAUACUUAGACACAACACUGUAGAAAUACAAGAAGAUGGGCACAUGGCUAGUAUAUCUGGGGGCUCUUGGUGUUCUCUGUGCUCAUUUUUACAGUGAGGUACAUUGUUAAAGACCCUUGUCAGAGAAGCUUUCACCUUGCAACACCAGCUUCUAAGGAUUUAUUUUUUAAAGGAAGAAAUAUAUUGUGUUAUGUGUCUCUGAAGCACUUGCGUAGAUAACUUGCAAACCUAUUUACACACGGAUGCACACCACACAGGCACACAAACACACAGACACACCGACACACACUGAAAGCCAGUAGUACUGGCUUCACAAUGUAAUAACAUUCAUAUUAAGAUAUAUGUAGUGGUCACUGUGAUAUCCUAAAUUGUAAAGGAAAAGAAAUCAGAAAGGAAAUGGUGUGGCCUAUCAGGAAAUCAGUGUAGCACUUGUAGAUACAACUAAUGAGCUACGGCUCCUAGUGCUGAGGGAUGGAAGUUCCAGAGCAUUAUUGGAAUUCUCAUAUAACUUUCCAGCAUCUUGUGUGUGUAUAUGUGUGCUGUGUGUGUGUGUGUGUGUGUGUGUGUGUGUGUGAGAGAGAGAGAGAGAGAGAGAGAGAGAGAGAUUGAAACUGAUAUUAUGUGUGUGAAAGGGUGUAUCUUGUGUGAAUGCAUGUUUGCAUGUGUGUUAAGAGAAGUUUUGUGAUUUUAGCCAUUCCUAGGGUCACAAUGGCAGAUCACUCAGCAUGUGAACAAACAAAAGGAAGUUUGCUCUGGCUGUGUUGCAGAUGCAGCCAUUUCAAACACCUUUCUCUUUUGGCUUCCAUGAGGAUCCCUCUAAGACCGGAAAUUUCAUUUCUGAGCUGGGUGACAAGGUCAUAAGAUUAGCACCACUGCAUCACACCACUUGGAGGCGCUCUGUCACCAGCUUCCAACCAGGAAGAGUGAGGCAUUUUUCCAUCUUCUUGCCUUAGGAAUGUCCUGGAACUAUUGGGGAAUAAGGUCCAAUUACCCCUUGAGGAGGUGGGAUUUCUUCAGACUGAAACAUCCAAGGCAGAGCUGGAGCUGGGUUUUGUUUUUGUUUUUGUUUUUGUUGUUUUUUGCCUUGAUUAGGAUUCUAAAAGGUUACAGAGAAGGCUUUGAAAAUGGCUUUUAAUUAUGACCUCCAUGUUUUCUUAAUUUGCUGCAAAAUGUGCAGUAAACAAUAGGAAAGAAAAAGCAAACUAAAAAGGAUGUGAUGUCUUGUUGGGGGUGAAAAGGGCUGGUAUUUGGGUUUGAUUUUGGAUUGAGAAAGCCAUGAGCCCUGUUUGGGUGUCCCACCCUCUGGGUAGGACUAUUUCCCCUUUGUCAUACCUAUUUGGGCUGAGAAGAUUCUAGAAGAAUUUGGGGUUUCCUGAGAAACUUUUUGGUUUUCUUCUGUUGUUUUUGUUUUGUUAUGUUAGGAUUUUGGGUUUGUUAAUCUAUACUUGUUUAUGCUGUGAGCCAAACCUCUAUUUAAAAAGUUGAUACUCACUUUCAAUAUUUUAUUUCAUAUUAUAUGUGUCAUGAAUAGUUACUUUGAUGUAAAUAUAAAGAUUUUUUUUUGUUUCUGUAGAUAGUAAGUUCUUUUUUUUUAGAGGGAAAAAGCAAACAUUUUUAUGAAGUUAUACUCUACUCACCAUUUUUAUACAUUGUCAGGAUCACCCAGCCAAGCAAGAGAUUAUUCCAUGGCACCUGUCUAUAGGCAGACCCUCACCUAGCCAAAUAGAACCUACCACCUGCCAGUCACUCUCUGCAAAUUCAGUGAAGAUAAAUGCUAAAUAUAUUUUUCUUUACUAGUAACUUUCGCUCACAUUACAGUAGGUUUUGGCUCCAUGUCUCCCAAAUGAAAGUACUUUCUUAACCAAGACUGAUGUUUUUCAAUUUAUACCUAUUUUCUCUUAACAUUUUUGGGUUACAGCUCAGCUGUUCCUAUCAGAUUCUAAACCUCAUCAUCUAAACACUAGCUUCAAAGGAAACAUUGAGUGUGAUUUUUACUUUCUAUGUUCUCUGAAGUCAUAGGGGAAAAUGUAUUUACAUUAAAAAUAAAUAUUUCCCCCAAAUAGUUAUUAUAUUUCUCUUUUCAAAAGUUAGACUUUUAUAACCAUGGCUUUUUAAACAUAAGACAAAAUAUAAAAUAAGCAUGAUUGCAAGGCAAAAUUCUCAGUAAGUAAAAUAUAUAAUAUAUGUAAAUUUUCAAGAAGUUAACAAAAGUAUAGAUAUACAUAGAUAUCACACACACAAAUAUAUAUACUAAAAGGACCAAAUGGACACAUAUUCCACCAAAAUGAAUAUUUUUUGGUAUUUUUUUGAGUUAACCCCAGUAUUAGGAUUUGUU